UUCUUCUCUACACCCCUUAGAGAACAACUGCAAUUACUCUAGGAAUCAUUUUGUGCAAGAACCAACCAACCAACCCUAAAACUAAAAACCAAAACAAACAAAAAAAAUGGCCCGUCAACUUAUUGUUCUUGCACUUAUUUUCGUUGCCCUAGUCAGCAUGGCAAUGGCUGAGGCCCCAUCUGCAUCCCCAAAAUCAUCUCCAUCACCAACAUCAGCACCUAAGGCUUCACCUUCACCUUCAUCAGCAUCAUCACCAUCACCAUCACCAAAGUCGUCACCUGCCCCAUCUACCAAUUCGCCCCUAUCUUCUCCUCCUUCCACUUCCCCUUCAGAGGAGGAUGAUAUCUCAACCCCACCAGCCCAAGCUAGCAACCCUAUUGAGCUCUAUGCUCCGGAACCCGAACCCUUUGACACCUUUGGCCCGGACGCUGAUGCCGAUGCAGAGAGUGGUGCCUCCACUCUCCAACUAUCUGUUGCCAUCACCGCCACUAUUGUUGCUGGUUUCUUCGCCUUCUAAGCAAAUUUUGUAGUUGAUGUUGCAUGGGUGGUUACAAGAAAAAAUUGAAUUAGUGGCUGAAUUAAUUAUACACAAUUCUAAAGUUUUCUAAAAAUUUUUGACCAUAAGAUUAGUUAAAAAAUCAUUAAAUUUGGUCACUAAGUCAUUAAUUUUUUUUUUUGUAGUGUCUUGGGAUUGAUUCAAUAUGUUCAUUCAUUAUAUUAUAUUGAAUGAUUGGGAUAGUGCAGAUGGUUGGUUCUCAAGAAUAAAAACCUCAUGUGUAACAUUGAAUGUGUCACAAACGGGCCAUUUUAGAGAUAUUUUUGAAAAUUUCUACUA